AUGAUGUUCAAUUGGCUAUCGCUUUCACCAGGAUCAUGGGCUAGAUAUGCUUUAUGUGGUAGCUAUAUGUAUAAUGUACUAUAUAUCAUACAAACUAUUGCUAACGAGUGGUCUGCAGAACUGAGUGCCAAGGUUAAUCAGGUUCUUGGUGUCCCUGUUCAUAGGCUUGUACAAGCUACUGAUUCUGUUUCAGUAUGCUUUUCGAAAGGGCUUGGUGCACUAGUUGGAAGUGUUAUUGUUGGGACAAAGAGCUUCAUUGACAAGGCAAGGAUUUUGCGAAAAACUUUAGGUGGGGGAAUGAGACUGGUGGGAAUCCUAUGUGCUGCUGCUCUUGUUGCUUUACAAGAAAACGUGAAACAAGCAAUUGUUGAAGAUGUGAAACAAACAAAAAUUCUAGCUUAUAUAACUGCCUUGAAGAAGCUCUGCAAUCAUCCAAAAGCUGAUUUAUGA